UAAACUUCCGUUUCCGGACGCCAUCCUGGAAAGCUGUCUGCUUAUCGUCGCAUGUGACACGCUACGACGCGCGGGCGGUAUUGUGUUCAAAAACGAGGCGAGCGCUUGCAUCUAGAAACCCGAUGGGCAUGCCUCUCGAUGUGUUUGUAAAGGAGCCCGACAACUUGCCCGGUUUCUCGUACAAGGUGUCCUUGGCAUUCUUAAAUGCUCUAGGCGGCGUGCUUACCAUCGCGGAAAUACUCUGCGGCAUCCUGACAUUCGCUUUGGCCUACUCUGGCCGCUCCUACCACUACGAGCUUUCACACCUCGUAGUAAAAGUUGAACCCAGCCAAGAUGUCACCUUCAUGAUCAUCGUUUCGUUCCUGUACUGGUUCGUCUCGGCACUCAUCUUAGCAUCAGCGCUGGUUUCAAACACUGGCAUCCAUGUCACAACCACGUUCUUUUACCUUCUUUUUCAAGCGUUUGGCUUUGUGUUCUACCUGUGCGGAGGCGUUUCUCUCAUGGCAAUGGAAAAGACUCAGGCUGUUCUCAUCGCAGCUGGCGUCUUCGCUAUCCUGUCAGCUGUACUUCACGGCUGUCAUUCCUUGCUCACGUACAGAAGAAAGGAAUAGGUCGUAUACUUCGCCACGAAUCUUGUAAAUCUCAGCCUUCUGUCGUCACUGUACAUAUUAUUAAAAUAUCAUCAUAUAUCAAGUAAAAUAGUAGACUUUUACUUAGCGUGUCCACCUACAGAUCCCGAGGUAGCGGGCUCGAUCCCGGUCGAGGACGCCAGCAUCUUGGUGGCAGGAUACAAAGUUGCUUGCCUUCUUCCGCGAGGGACGCAAGUACGGUGUGCUGUAUGCCGAGAUUUCGGUGCACGUUCAAGAACCCCCAGGUGGGCAAAAUUAAUCCACUGACCUAGCACUGUGGCGUCGCUCGUGAUCACAGUUGUCUCGAGAAGUAAAGCCACGAAUUUUCAACACGAAUUAUUGUCAGUAUACUUUUAUUUAUCUGCGAUAAAGACUUGCCGCAGAGGGUGAGGGUAUAGGUGAACUAGUGCUUUUUAUCUCUUCCUCUUUCCCACUGGGAGCACAGACAUAUCGGCGAGCGAGCGGAACAUUGCGCUAUCUGACAGCCUCUGCAAAUGUCUCUGUGCUGCCACAGCGGAGUGAAUGCACACUCCUCGUGGGGGGGGGGGGGGGGAAGCUUGUCACAACGAUCGCUCCCGAAGGAUAAAGUAGCGUACACGCGGGCUAGCAGGCGGACAAAACUCCAUGCUACAAACUAGGGAUGUGCCAACCGAAUCCUCGAAUCCACGAAUCCUAUAGGCAGGGAUUCGAGAUUCGGGAAUCCGAAUCCCAGUGCCCAAAACAACGAAUCGAAUCUUUCGAAUCCACCGACCACGUUUGUUUGUUUCUUUUUCAAAUUUGAGCUUCCGGAGUCCGCCGAAAGCCUCAUUGACCGACUGGUCUUUUCCUGUUUCUUUGUUUACAUUGCUCUGGACUGAAAGAGUUCAGGCAGGAACUGUUACAUUACAAGUUUAAAAGUAACAUGGUUUUGCUUUUGAUUGUUGCUUUAGCUUUAUGGAAAUAAUUCAGACUAGAGAAUUUAUGUAUUUCCUGUAGUCGAUGAACAAUAUGCAUAUGGGUAUAUUUUCUCCCGAAACUGAACUAUUAUUUCAUCAUUUUCGUUAAACAAAUGUAUCAUAUUCUGCUUCAAAACACUUUUCAGUAGAAGUUUUUUUUCUUGUCUUUUUACACUAUUUUUAAAGAAAGGAUUCGAAAGGUUCGAGAUUCGUAAGAUUCGUGGAUUCGGAUUCGGAUUCGCAAAAUUCUGGAUUCAUCCCAUCUCUAUACUACAAACCAAUUACGUGUACAAUAUAUUAGGAAGGAUUGUAAUGUACGACACUCAGGGAUGGGCAGUAUUUAAAUACAUCGUAACUGAAAUACUAUUUAAAGUAUAAAUACACGUAUUUAUAUUUUGUAUUGAAAUACAGACUCGAAAAAUGUAUUUAUAGUUAUAUUUAAAUACCAAUUUUCGGGUAUUUAUUCUUGUAAAUACUUUAUAAAUACUCCUAAAUACGGAAUAUGCUGACUGAUAUCUUAAAGUUGCCCUGCAUUUGACCUUUCGGGAAGAAGGGCAAGUUUGCGGCACAGUUAUGCCGUGUUUGCGCUAUAGCAUGUGUGUGCCACAAACCAUUUUAGAUUACGAGUUUUUCACUGUUGUUGCGGACAACAGUCACGUCUACUCGAUUACCUUGUUGUACGAAGCAUCCUAGUCAAGUUUAAUACAAUCAUUUGUUCAUCGGCACCUGUGGAGACUCUCCUCUCGUUUGCGAAUCUGAUUGUACGGCCGAACAGAAGAUGCCUAGAUGCAGUCUUCGAGAAACCUCUAAUAUUAAAAUCGUCAUGAUAAUCUAACGAUAAAUGAUAUUGUUCCUUGCUGAUUUGUUGUUAUGAUCAUCGUUAUUUCUGCAAUUCCAGAUGACAUCUUCCUCACAGUAUUUAUGGUAGUAGUUACGGUAUCUAAAUACUGUAUUUAUAUUUUGUAUUUAAAUACUCACGUUGAAAAGUCUUUAGAGGAGUAUUUAAAUACACCUUUCAAUAAAGUAUUUUGUAUUUAUAUUUAAAUACUCAAAAAUAUAUUUAUGCCUAUCCCUGACGACACUGAAUACAUAGUUAGGUUAGGGUAUGAUUACUUAAUUGGACGUGAGAGUAAUUACGGCAGAGUUGUACAACUCCAGAAAGUGUUUAAGAUCGAUUUAAAAUGCUCGAGUGUCGGUUGUUGUCAAUAAGAUUACCAACUUUAUUUUUAAUAGAAGCGUAAGGCUUUAUUGAUAGGAGAUGCAUUUGAAUAUGGAAAUGUAAUUGAUGCAGAUUGCGCUUUCUUCGAGUAAUCAUCCUAUGUGAAGUUGUAAUGAUGCCCCGUUCUCAGGGAUUAUAAACAGGGUUUCUCGUUCUCCUCAUUUACCCGAAACAGCGGAUGAACAGACAACGCAGGGCAGAGAGGUUUUGUCUUGGGCAGCUGUGACCCUCUAGAUCAUUUAUAUUGCAGAGCGCAUCGUUUUGGCCACUUCGUAGGACACGUAUUUGUCUUGGAAGCACGAACGUUAUAGCCUAUAGUUAUAUGUGCCUUUUCUCACGAUAACUUAACGUAGUGUUCUAACGAGAAUGUGACAGGGAGCUGAUAUCCCGCUCCGUCGCGGAUGACGAAGAGUCAAUAAGCAGCAAACAUCGAGGAAUAACGGUACUGAGAAUCUGCCCUGUGCUAGCUUUUUGAAAGAUAUAGUCGCCGAGACGACAAUCCAAGUUAUAAAUGAUAUCAAAUUAGCAUUCGAGGAAUCUCUCAGCUGUAGCGGCGUUCGCAAGAGACAUCUGCCGGAACAAGUGCCGCUUUCUUUUUUUUAAAUCAGACGCGAGAGGUUUUUGGUGAGGUUGGCAGCAGAAAAGUCUAAGGCAUCUUCGUAGGUUGAGAUUGUUUUUCUAGAGAUGCUGUCGCACGUUUUGAGACUUGAGAAGCGUUACAGUGAAGUGCAUGCACCAUAUUCACGAAACCAUAUUCAUCAAAUAAUUACGUGCUGUAAAGCGCGUUUCUGCGUGAGAAUCAGCCGCUGAAUAUAACAGCCUUGAAAACAAAACAAAACAAAAAAACAAAACAAAGCAAACAAAGAAACAAAACAAAGGCAAUAGUUAAUAACAAUCCUGUAAUCCCGCAUUUAUCAGUGCUUGGAAAGACGUAUAUGCUAAGCGCAAUUGGGAAUUUUUACACUGUGGGCUAUACUCGCAAUUUGUUAGCGACGCGGAUAUCAUCAACUUUUUGCGCUUGCACAGAAGAAGACGAAGACUGUCCAGAAAAAAAAAAGCCUAUAAACAACACAGCAAAACGCCACCCAACACAAUUUAUACAGCUAACAAUACGUAAACAAAGCCAUGGCGCAUCAACCAGCCAUUGACGAGACGUUCAAGCAGCUCCGCUUGAAUACCGCCUAUGUUCUGUCCAUCAACGGAUUUCUAAACAUCCUCGAAGUGACGGCUGGGUUUGGAAACUUCAUGACGUACAUGAUCUUUGGCGUCACCUCAAAGUCACAGCAUUUUCUCUACGCUUGCUCCUUUGGCUACUCUCUCAAUGGGACCUAUAUGCUUAUAUCCGGGCUCUUCUCACUGUAUUUUGCGGAGCUGUUGCCCGUGACAACACUGUACAAGUUGUUCCAAGUGAGUGCCAUGUCCAUGUACCUUCUGGGGUCUCUAGCCGUGCUCACCUACGACCUUCCUAGCAUGCCAGAUGUCUUCUGUGGUAUGGCGGCGGGUUUGUUCAUUGGACUAAUGCACAUGGUUCACCUCAUCUACCUAAUUACCACAGCUCCUUCGACAACAUUCUGACAACACCAAAAUGCUCAUGUUGCUGUUUGUAUCCGUUGGACCAGCCUGUAUAAAAUGUAUGCUUGCUUGUU